GGGGGCAUGCUGUCGGGGCCCCCGCAGUCCUACUGCAUCGUGGAGAAGUGGCGCGGCUUUGAGCGGAUCCUGCCCAACAAGACCAAGAUCCUGAGGCUCUGGACCGCUUGGGGAGACGAGCAGGAGAACGUGCGCUUCGUGCUGGUGCGCAGCGAGGCCUCCUUGCCCAACGCGGGGCCCCGGAGCGCCGAAGCCCGCGUGGUGCCCAGCAAGGAGAGCCCGGCCUUCCGCAAGCUGGCCAAGAUCAACAAGCGCAAAGGGCAGCCCCCCUCGCCGCCGCCUCCGCCUCCGCCGCCGGACCAGGAGGGCUCGCCGAGCGCCAAGGAGGCGGCCCCGGCGGCGGAGAGGAUGGAGACCUUGGUGCACCUCGUCCUAUCGCAGGACCACACCAUCCGGCAGCAGAUCAAGCGCAUCCGCGACCUGGACCGGGAGAUCGACCGCUACGAGGCCCGGACCCACUUGGACCGCAUGAGGCGCCACGGGGUCAACUACGUCCAGGACACUUACUUGGACGGAGGGGACGCGGAGCCCUCCGGGGAGGGAGACGAGGAGGAGGAGGGCCCGGCCGCGGCCCCGGCGAACGGCGGCGGCGGCGAGGACCUGGCGGAAUACGCCCGGCAGUGCGAGCAGGUGGCGCUGCUGCAGGACCAGUGGCGCCGCCAGGAGGAGCUGGGCUCCCGCACCAGCCUCGCCGAGGCGGACUGCAACACCACCGAGCUGGUUGGCGGCAGCGGCGGCGAGCUCCACGUGGAGCAGGAGCGCGUCAAGACGCAGCUGAGCACCAGCCUCUACAUCGGCCUGCGCCUCAGCACCGACCUGGACGCCGUCAAGGCCGACCUGGAGGGCACGCGCCGCGCCUGGGAGGAGAAGGAGCGGGAACUGCAGGCCCUGCUGGACACCCUCCGGGCCCUCGAGGUCGCCGAGGCCAACGAGGAGGGGGGGCCGCCGCCGCUGGGCGAGGGCAGCGGGCUUCCCCAGCCGGCCCCGAGCCCCUCGGAGGGCUGGGCGGAACCGGAGGCGCGGACCUUGUGCAAGGACAGCGAGGAGAACGACGAGGAUUCCGACACGGGCUUGAGUUCCAUGCAUAGCCAGGAUUCGGACUCGGUGCCCGUGUGCGAAUCCCUCGUAUAGCAGCUGCCGCCGCCGCCUCGUUUUCCGCAGCCCCCUCCCGCCUGCUUCCCCCCUUUUCAUCGUCUCAGGGACUCCCGCCUUGCUCUUCCUCGUCGUUUUGCCCGCCGUGCAAUAAAAGAGCUUUGCAAAACGCCGGGAGGAGGCAUUCCUGGAUCCUUCAUCCCCGAAACCCACCUCAGGCCGCCGCCCCCCCGCUCUCAAAAGAGCGCGUGUUUCCUUAUGCACUGUAGACAUCAUCGUUAGGAUACACGACGGUAGUACUUAAUGGUCGCCCAGUUACCUCCUUGGAAGAGUCACGUUAAAAACAAAAGAAAGCUGCUCCCCUCCCCCGCUUUUAAUUAGAAGCGGAUUUCGCCCUGCUUUUUUUAUUGUGAAAUCUGAAAGGGAAGAAGUCCAGGCGUUGUGGUGCAUCUUGACUGGAGGAGAGGUGCUCAGUUCUCUGAAGAAACACUGUGGGAGACUAAUGUUAUUUUGUGUUCUUGUAGCCAGUAAAAGGAAACACCUUGCAUUUUAAUUGCAGCUUUGAUACCAAAACAUGUUAAAGCGAGUCCCUGGUGGGCAGAAAGUUUAUUCCUGUCUCCUUCCUGCUUUUAUUAUUUUGAUAAAAGCAGGAAUGGGGCAGGAAUUACUUGCAUUUCAUUCAGUAUUGCAGUUAUCUUUCUAUUUCUCAUCAGAUAUUUUUAUUUUUUAAAAAAUGGAAGUUCUGAUCCUUGGAUUUUUUUUUGUAAACACGGGACAAGGUGUAUUUCCUUUUGAAAUUCAUAUCAUCUGGGGGCUUUUCCAUGAAACUAAAUGUUGGCACCUUGAACCCUGUCCCCCCCAAUAAUACAAAGGCAGCCAGUUAUCUAGCAGAUAGUACAAUUGCCCCCCCAAAAAUUGAUUUGCUGUGAUGAGAAUAAAAUAAAACAGUGGAAGACAUUGCAUCAAUAUUUUCUGUUUGCUUGUCAACAUGUUUGGAGUGGGCUCUGUUUUAUAUCCAAAUGAGAUUUUUUUCUCCCUUUGCCCUAAUUGCUACAGCUUCUUGAUGGCAAUUAAGGAGUCUCCAGAUGAUUUUCAAGUGGGCGCCAACUCACUGGACUGGCACAUUCCUAGCAGGGACUUGUUAAUUAGCAGCAAAAAGCCCCUGUAAGUUGCACUGUUUGCCUUCUGCAGGUGUAGCUAUGCAACAGGACUUUGUUUCAUGAUAAUGAACCACAGAAGGCAAGUAUUGUACAAAUGAAACCACCUCAACCCACAUGCGUAGUGUGCAGAUUCUGUUCCUCUGAAAUGAAUGAAUGGUAACUGUAGGACUUAAGGUGAUUUGCCCCACAUCAGUUGAAGGCUGCUAGAAAUAUUUGGGUGGCAGUCCUGUAGGCACUUACCAAGGAGUAAGGCCACCAGAAAAAGACUCAGCACAGAGUAUACCACACGUUUGCAGUGCUUUAGCAUUAGUUAUUUCAUGGUGCUCCCUCAUGAUUGUUUACGUAAAAGCGAAAGAACAUCCAGCAUUGUUCCUCUUUUGAAACUCUGUGGUUUGUUUCAAUGGUAUUUUAUUUAAAAGGUCUGCCAAGGUUCUUUAAUAGUUUGGGCUGCAUGAGAAUAAAAAAGAUCUAAAAAAAUCUCCCCAACUUCAAAGGCAGGUAGAGUUAGAAGCUGAGUAUUACAAGUGAGAAAUAUGUCUUAAAAGCUCUGCUAUUCAGAUUGCAGAAAAAGAGAGCAGUGGCAGUAUCUUGUUGCUAGUUUCAGCUAUAAUAAAUCAACGCUGAUCUAAAUUCCAUUGAGUCAGCCGAUCUGUUUUCCUUGGGACUGGUGCCUUGGGUGAUUGGAAGAUAACAUUGAUCAGAACCAGCCCUACCAUUAGGCAUAGGAUGGCUACCUCUUCUGGCUAGUGGCUGUUGGAGGAGGCAGUGGCCUAUUCUCAUAAAUUUCUUUUGCUAUUCCCCCC